GUACCAACACCCCACAUCACAAACGCUCGCAUUAUAAGUAGAUAUCUAAUUAUGUACAAUUAUAAAUAACCAUUUACAAUUUGCCCGUUGUUUCUAUUCGUCUUAAGUAUGAAAAUGCGUGUAAAAUGUCCUGUUAUAUUUUUGUGUGCGAUCGUUUAUUUUGUGACUGAAUUGGAUGCACAAAUAUGUUACCGUGUUCAACUUGUGACGAGAAUGGUGCCGGUUACAUACAAAAUUAAGUAUCGGGUUACCUACAAUGGCAAUUGCGACUACAUUCCAAGAUGCAUUCGAACCAAGUGGGCAGAUUCUGUCGAACGCGGGAGUGUGCCGAAAAGAGAAGUGAAGACUAUAAAGUUUUGCUGUACUGGCUACAUAAGGAAAGAUGACUCAGCUGACGAUAGUGACAUUGUAUGCGAGCCAAUAUGUAUGCCAGCUUGCAAAAAUGGAAGAUGUAAAACUCCAGGAGAAUGCGAGUGCAAUGAUGGAUAUAUUCCAGACCCUGAAGAUGAUCACAAUUGCGUUCCAUCCUGCAAGAAAGGUUGCGAGCACGGUACAUGUGUCGCCCCGGACACAUGUCAAUGUAACUUCGGAUACACGCUCGUAAACGGCACAUGCCAGCCAGUUUGCACUGCUCCUUGUCACAAUGGUACUUGUGUUGCUCCAGAGACGUGUGAGUGCCUCGUUGGCUAUAGAAAAUCAGAGAAUAAUCUAUGUCAACCAUAUUGUUCUCACGGCUGCGAAAAUGGAAUCUGUGUUGCUCCUGAAACCUGCCAAUGUCACUCUGGAUGGGAGCUAAAAGAGACCAAACAAUUUUCAUUUAAACAUUGCGUACCAGUGUGUUCAACACCUUGUGAAAACGGAGUUUGUGUCGCUCCAGAAAACUGUGUCUGUUUGCCUUCGUACAAAAAAUCUGCAGGUGGCUGUGAACCGAUUUGUUUUAGCGGAUGGGUGUUGGAGAAUGGUAGAUGCGUUGCUCAAUGUUCUCACCCUUGUGGCAACGGUACAUGUGUGGCUCCAAACGUGUGUGCGUGUCAUAGUGGAUAUCACAUGGAUACUAACUAUACUUUCUUGCAUGGCUCUAACCCAAAUGCAACAAUUUGUGUACCAACAUGUACUGGAUGUGCAGGACACUGUACUGCUCCAAACAAAUGCGAACUGGGACUGACAUCAGAGUCGCAAAUAUGGGAUGAUGAUUACUAUGAUCCUUUAUAUGACUAUGAUCCUCCUCCUUUUCCACGUAAUGAAAAUACCACAACGUCCAGUACGAGUACUACCUCGUCUACUGCAACUCCAGGUACAAUACCCACUACAACGUCCACUGCAACACCUUAUCUACAAUCUUCAACAACUACAAUGUCAACUAGAACAUCUAACGUUACUUUGAGUCCUCACUUUAACGAAACAAGCGGAGAAAAUUUUCAAAAACCAUGGAUUGAAGAACAUUGGAUGCCUGUUUUCAUACCAAUAUUAGUUAUAGUCACAACAGCCAUACUUGCAGCGUUUCUACUAGUUUGGAGAUGCUCACCCGUUAGAACGUUUUUCAAAGGAAGGAGUUAUGUUGUUGAAGGUGAUCCUGUACAAACUGGCAACCCGCCUCCGUUGGAAGACAUACAAAUUUCAGAUGUAAAAAUAUAA